AUGGAUCUAUAUUGGUAUGUUCAAGAUUUCAAGAGUUUAAGCCGUUCUGACCUAACAAAUCCACCACAAGAAACGUCAACGGCGGAAGCAACACCGACCCUACUUGGUAAAAAGAAAAACAGCUCCUGCGCUGAAGCGACGCCAGCUAAACGCGAAAGGCAAACGCCGACUAGCGAGGAUGCUGAAGCGAUGCCACUACACUUAUCCGACAGGCGUCCAUGCGCAGAGGAAAAAGAAUGCCGCGCGUGUAAAGUCAGCGUUGAGGGAAUGGAUAGAAAUAUUGAUCAAAUCCUCUAUACGGGACUGGCCAAGCUGAUUGAUCUUUUGGAU